GGACAACCGUUGCGGGCGCUCACGGCCCUGAGGGGGGACGGUCGUCGUAGACACCCUCUCUUGUCGGUGCUGAGGUACCCGGCCUUGUGGCCCAGGACGUUCCCGUCGCAUGGCGGAGUGCUGCAGACGAUGUCCAUGAAGUUCUUAGUCCUUCUAGUUGCGCUGUUGCUAUGGCCUUCGUCCGUGCCGGCCGAUCCGAGCAUAACCAUGACGCCUGACGAAGAACAAAACUUAAAUCAUUAUGUGGAAGUUUUACAGAACCUAGUACUAAGUGUCCCUACUAGGGAGCCAGUUCGUGAGAAAAAAUCAAAGUCUCCGAAUAAUGUUCAUUCUGUAGGACCGAAGGUAUCAAGAUUAAAGGAGAUAAUCACCCAUGGAGACUCUUCAACUGAAAAUGGUGUUUUAAUCAAUCCUGUCGGUGAAGAAGCCACAGCUUCCCCUACUGGACGCUUCACACUGGAAGUCGAGGAGAAAAAAACGACUGAAACCACAGCAUUCUGGUCGAUUAAACCAAAUAAUGUUUCUGUUGUUUUACACACAGACGAACCAUAUGUUGUAAAAGAGCCAGAGCCAGAACCAGAGCCAGAGCCAGAGCCAGAAUUAGCACAAACCGAGGCCCCACACCCAUGGCCAAGCAUUACUGAGACACCCCCAAGUCCAGAUAUCACCUCAGGCCCACCACCAAUCACCCCUUCAAGUAGGAGCACCGACAUGGAUACCGUCACAGAACUAGAAGAUGUUCCUCAGCUCUCAGGCGAGUAUGAAAUGGAAAAAUCGGACGCACUAACAUUUGAAAAACACCCACAGAUUCUGAAUAAUGAAGACAUUUUGAAAAAAAUUUCAGAUAUUCUUUCACAGGUACAACGGGUACCGCUUGCUGAGAGCCUCAAGCCAGAAUACAGAGAGGACAUUCGAGCCUCUAGAGAGCACCUGAAACGGAGCCUUGCUUUAGCAGAAGCAGCAGAACAUAAACUACAAACGAUGGAUAGAUCCCAGCUAUUACCGCUGGGACGAAGCAGCAGUGGAGCUGAUGACAGUGAGACUGUGAUUAACAUGCUGUACAAUUCCAGAUCUAAAUUAUCUGAGUACUUAGAUGUUAGAUCUGUUCCACCAGAGAUGAGACAAAAGGCUACUACAGUACUCAGUACAUUGAAAAAAAUAUUAUGUGUAGGUCAACUAGAAACUCAAAACCUUAUUAGGAAGUUACUAAACAAUAAUAUAAAAAUUUUAAACCUACUUGAUGUUCCAUGACAAAGUUGAUUGAAGUGAACUGUGCAUUCAUUUCACUAGAGAAAUAAACACAUUAGUGAUUCACAAGUUGUAUGAAAAUAUUUCCUAUUGUUGUUCAAUGUGCUAACAUCUUUACAUGUCAUAUGUUAUAAAAAAUUUUCAUAUGCACGAAAGCCUAAUAAUUUAAAAUAAAAUUUUGGUUCAGGAGUUUGUAGUUUU